GCACCUUUGGGGAGCGAGUACCCGAUUUUGACAGUGUGGCUGUCACAGCCGGGUGCCCACUGUGCAUGUGCAAGAAGAGCUGCACUUUGUGAAUGGCCCUGUAGUCUUCUGGAACCUGCCACGUGUACCAGAAGACUACGGGUGGGGGGGGGGACAACUUCCGCUUCCGAUCUCCUAGGCGAUCACAGCGGAAGUGGGAGUGGGUACCUGUCAAAUACGGGUACCCGCUCCUCAAAGGUGCCAAUCCUUAAUGGGGAGCGGGGGACAAAGGCUUAAAGUGGAACUUCCCCUUUUGGGUGGAGGUCCGC